AUGCUAUUUUCACUAUUCUCCGUUACUUUGGCGAUCCUGGGCGCUCGUCUCGGAAGCGCAAGCACGAGCCCGGAUUUCCUGCCAGCUGUUGCAGAAGACCUGCAGAUGUUCUAUGGCACUACUCAGGUGCAGCCGCCCGGUGUGACCCUUUCGGAAGCUACCGUCGCCAACGUCCCCACCCUCUACGCCUCCACCUACCUCGACACCAGCACACGGUACGCCGUGAUCAUGGUCGACUACAACGUCGACCUCUCGGGCGUGCAAACCACCAUCCUACAAUGGUUCCAGCCGGACCUCUCGGCCGCCUCACCCGACGGCAAACUCUCGAUCGCGUCCGGCUCCUCGGCACCAAGCGCGUCGUACAUCUCGCCGGCGCCGAACGCGGGCCCCGCACACCAGUACGUGACGAUCCUGUACAAGCAGCCGGCCGACUACGAGCUGCCCGCGUGUCUGGACGGCGUGCUGCCCGCUGGAAACAACCGCGCGGGGUUUAAUCUCCAGCAGUUUGCGGGUGUGGCGGGGCUGGGCGAUCCGAUUGCGGCGAACUGGUUCGCGGUGCAGGACCCGACGCCGGCUACGACGACGUAUCAGAUCACGGCUACGUCGACGGCGAGCUAUGCUUGUGCUACGACGGCGUAG